AUGUCUUUCAUGUAUAGAUGGAUUAGCCCUCUACAUGAUGCCUUCUUCUGUCCGUCGCUCCCUUUCACGAUUCGCUGGCGUCUGAUCGCCUUCCAACCUCUGCUCCUACUCACAAAUACGAUCCAAUACUUUCAAGGAUCAACGUUACUCUCAAAGAACGCCGAAACUGUCAUAUGGAUUCCGUUGAAGCGUGCCCCUGGCCACUCAGUUCGUGCAAUUGUCUACCACCCUCCUGGGCGAUCAUCGCAACAAGAGACAAGACCUCUCCAUAUCAACAUUCACGGCGGUGGCUUUCUUGGUGGUCUACCAGAAGGCAACGCGCCUUUUUGUCGUAAGGUCUCAGCGGAGACUGGAGCAAUUGUUGUUUCGACGACAUAUCGAUAUGCUCCGCGGUAUACAUUCCCGGUCGCACAUGAGGAUGUCCAAGAUGUGGCAGACUGGUUAAUCCAGAAUUCCGAGGGACUCUGGUGCGCAGAUCCGACUUUGAUGACUGUGAGUGGAUUCUCAGUCGGCGGUAAUCUCGCAUUGGGUAUUGGACAACGAUUGUCUCGCUCGGAGUACAGGGUAAAAGCAGCAGUGCUUUUCUAUACGCCGGUCGACCUCCGUUUACCUCCGUGGGAUAAAUCAAAGCCACCAGGGUUUCCAGCCAAGGACCCUUUGUCUUUUAUACUUCCUCUCAUGGAUGCCUAUGCCGGUCCAGAAAGGGCCAAGUAUAUCCAGAACCCCUUACUACAUCCUAUCCUCGCAGAUAUCCAGAGCCUCCCGCACAACAUGCUAAUUUUCGGGGGGAAGGUCGACAUCUUACUCACUGAAGAGAUGAAAUUUGUCCAAAGGUUGCAGGAUGAGUCCACAGCUAUCAAUCAAAGAAUCAAUUCUACCAUCGAUGGAAAGGAACAAUCAGCGGAUGAAGCAUACCAUAUUGAGAGCGACUUCUUUGAUAACCAGAUACAUGGAUGGCUUGAGCGUAUGAACCCGAUUCUUUCCAGCUACUGA